CCCCAUACACCAAAAUUAUGGCUGAGAAAUAAAUUUGCCAGUUGGGCUGAGAACUUGCCUGUUAGUCUUUAGCAAUAUUCUUCAACAAUGUCUCAUGCUUCUUCUUCCAAAAUUUGCAAGUACGAUGUCUUUUUGAGUUUUAGAGGUGAAGAUACACGUAGAAACUUUGUGAGUCAUCUCUAUAAUUCUUUGGAACUAAGAGGAAUCCGCACUUUUAAAGAUGAUGAGCGACUAGAAACGGGAAAAUCAAUUUCUGAUGAUCUUUUGAAAGCCAUACAAGAGUCUAAAUUUUCUAUAGUGAUAUUUUCCAAAAGCUAUGCAUCGUCAAGAUGGUGCUUAAAGGAGCUUGCACACAUCAUAAAGUGUAAAAAGGAAUUGGAGCAGAUUGUGAUUCCAGUCUUCUAUGAUGUGAGUCCAUCAGAUGUGCGCCAUCAAAAUCCCCCUUUCGAUGAUUCAUUUUCCCAACACAAAGAUGAUAUGGAGAAGGUUCAAAGAUGGAGGGGUGCAUUUGUGGAGGCAGGGAAAAUAUCAGGCUAUCAUUUACUUAAUUUCAAGGAUGAGGCUGAGUGCAUCAAGAAACUAGUUGAUGACAUAUUUCCUAAGUCACUUCAAAGUAUUUCACCUUUCCCGGAAAGCUUAGUGGGUAUGAAAUCUCAGGUUGAGAAAGUAACCUCAUUAUUAGAUAUGGAAUCAAAUGAUGUUCGCUCUAUUGGUAUUUGGGGUAUGGGCGGCAUCGGCAAAACAGAAAUUGCAAAUGUUCUACAUCAAACAUACCGCCAUCAAUUUGAAGCUGAUUGUUUUCUUGGUAAUGUUGGAAAACUUCACCAGAAAAAUGGACUAACAUGGCUUCAACAAGUCGUCAUUUGCAAGCUCUCGGGAAAAAAUAUGACUCUAACUAGUGAGCAUGAAGGGAUGAAUAUUUUAAAGAAUAUGCUUCGCUGGAAGAAAGUUCUGUUCAUCAUCGAUGACGUAAACCAUCAAGAACAGUUGGAAUUUUUGGUUGGAGAGCCAGAGUGGUUUGGUAGGGGUAGCAGAAUUAUUUUAACAGCAAGAGACAAGCACCUGUUAAUCAGUCACGUCGGGGAUAAUGUGUAUGAAGUCCAACUAUUAUCUGAGAAUGAAGCACUUGAAUUGUUCAGUAGGCAUGCUUUUAGAGAAAAAUCCCCAAAAGAAGAUUUUUUGGAACUUUCAAGACAAGUGGUGAAGUAUGCUGGUGGACUCCCUUUAGCCCUUAAAGUUUUGGGUUCUUCAUUUUACCGACGAGAUAAAAAGCACUGGAGACACAUAAUUGAUCGGCUGAAGAGAAUCCCU